AUGCCACAGCUCGCAACCGUCAACGAUCCGCGCAAGGUGGUCGUCAUCACCGGCUGCUCUUCGGGACUGGGUCGAUCCAUGGCCAUCGAGUUUGACGCGCAGAAGGACUACCGUGUCUUUGCCACUGCCCGCAACCUCGACUCUCUCCGCGAGCUUCCGUCUGGCAUUGAGCGUGUUCGGCUGGAUGUCACUGAUAUCGAGUCGAUCAAGGCGGCGAUCAAGGACAUUACCGACACCACGAAUGGCCGCAUCGACAUCUUGAUCAACAAUGCCGGUGUCAACUCGGCCGUUGGUCCUCUCGUCGAGACACCGAUUGCUGAUAUUCGAAAGACGUUCGAAGCUAAUUUCUUCGGAUUGAUCUCAGUCACCCAAACCGCAGCACCGUACAUGAUCCGUCGUCGAUCCGGCGUCAUUGUCAACAUCGGCUCGGUCGCCGCUAUCGCAUGCAUGCCCUUCGGUGGCCCCUACUCAGCCUCCAAAUCUGCCGUCCACGCCGCCUCCGAUACCCUUCGCCUCGAACUCGCCCCCUUCAACAUCCAUGUCGUUGUCGUUGCUCCCGGUGCCAUCAAGUCGUCCAUCUCGGACAACACCAUGAAGGCCCGAGGCGCGCCCGCCGCGAACUCUGCCAACAGCGGAGACCUUGGCUACUUGCCCGCCGACUCGCUGUACAAGCAUGUCGAGGACCUGGUCAAGUUCCGCGCCGAGUUCAGCCAGCAGGGCGAGCCCACGCCGAGCGAGACGUUCGCGCGCAACGUGCGCAGGUGGGUCACGGUAAGCAGCCCGGGCGCGUACCUGUUCACGGGCAAGAAGAGUCUGGGCGUGUGGAUCUCGUAUUAUCUGCCUACCAGCGUCAAGGAUUGGGUGAUCGGUAGGAUCUUCCAGAUUCACAGGAUUGGCGCCCUUGCUCAUAAGAACAAGAACAUCUGA